AUGCCCCCAAUGAGCGACAAUCAAACGUGGAUGAUCACACCUCCGUUGACACCAGAUGACGCGGACUACGUCGACGAGUCGGAUUUCGCAAGGCUCGCGAAGAGAUCACCCCCCGCUGGCUCCUACAUAUGCGACGGUACAAACUGGGCAGGCAACUGCAAAUGGACGGCAGUGAGGGACUACCAAUGCUUCGACUAUCCCGCCAACGCUGCUUCUUCGUUCGGGCCUCCUCAAGCCUGGCAAUGCAAGAUCUUCUACAGUAAAGGAUGCGCACCCGGCACCGGCACCGACGGAAAGCUCACAUACCCGGGCACCGCAAAUCUGCGAGCCACGUACAACAGAAUCGACAAGCCAGGGUCGUACAUGUGCAGGAUGUGCAAUACCGUGCCUGGGGAUCAUCCCUGGUAA